AUCCCGCCUCGGCCCGGAGCCGCGGCUGGCUCAGGGUCUUGGGCUGCUCACGCGGUCGGUUCUCCAGACGUCUUGCUGCUCGCGCUGCCGCACCAUGGACACCCUCAAGCAAGUGGUCAACUUCGGGCCUGGGCCCGCCAAGCUGCCGCGCUCGGUGUUGUUAGAGAUACAGAAGCAGCUAUUAGACUACAAGGGAGUUGGCAUUAGCGUUCUCGAAAUGAGUCACAGGUCAACAGAUUUUGCCAAGAUUAUUAACAACACAGAGAAUCUUGUAAGGGAAUUACUAGCUGUUCCAGACAACUACAAGGUGAUCUUUGUGCAAGGAGGUGGGUCUGGCCAGUUCAGUGCUGUCCCCUUAAAUCUGAUUGGCCUGAAAGCUGGAAGAUGUGCUGACUAUGUGGUGACAGGAGCUUGGUCAGCUAAGGCUGCAGAAGAAGCCAAGAAGUUUGGGACUGUGAAUAUUGUUCACCCGAAACUUGGGAGCUACACAAAAAUUCCAGAUCCAAGUACCUGGAACCUCAACCCAGAGGCCUCCUAUGUGUAUUUCUGCGCAAAUGAGACUGUGCAUGGUGUGGAGUUUGAUUUCGUACCUGAUGUCAAAGGCUCAGUGCUGGUUUGCGACAUGUCUUCAAACUUCUUAUCUAAGCCAGUGGAUGUUUCCAAGUUUGGUGUAAUUUUUGCUGGCGCUCAGAAGAAUGUUGGCUGUGCUGGGGUUACGGUGGUGAUCGUCCGUGAUGACCUGUUGGGCUUUGCCCUCAGAGAGUGCCCUUCAGUCUUGGAGUACAAGGUUCAGGCUGGAAACAGCUCUUUGUACAACACACCUCCAUGCUUCAGCAUCUAUGUCAUGGGCAUGGUCCUGGAGUGGAUUAAGAACAACGGUGGGGCAGCAGCCAUGGAGAAGCUUAGCACCAUCAAAUCUCAGAUGAUUUAUGACAUUAUUGAUGAGUCUCAAGGAUUCUACGUAUGUCCAGUGGAGCGCCAGAAUAGAAGCAAGAUGAAUAUCCCAUUCCGCAUUGGCAAUGCCAAAGGAGAUGAAGCUUUAGAAAAGCGAUUUCUGGAUAAAGCACUGGAACUCAAUAUGAUCUCCUUGAAAGGACACAGGUCAGUGGGAGGCAUCCGUGCUUCUCUGUACAAUGCUGUCACAACUGAAGAUGUUGAGAGACUGGCUGCCUUCAUGAAAAAUUUCUUGGAGAUGCAUCAGUUAUGAAUAUGUCCUAACUAAUGAUCCUCUGCCCUUGAACAACGAUGUUUAGAGAAACUUGGGAAUGGUUACAAAAACUUAACAGACACAAUAUCUUUUGCAAAUAUGUGCUUGUUUUAGAUUCUUUUUCAAAGAAUAACAGCAAAGCAUUCAGAGCUCUGCAAAGCUAAUGGGGCUACCAGCUAAAGGCUACCUUAAUUUUUACUUGAACUGGAAGCAUUUUUUAGUCUUCCCAUUGCUUUUCUAAUAAAUUCAACCAAUUUUGCCUUUUUCUGCUACAUUUUCUAAUAGAUCUCAGUACUUGCCUCAUUUAAUUCUGACAGUUCCAGUUAUUUACUCCUGGAGCUACGUGAACGUGCCGCACUGGGCUAGCGUGCUGGGUCUAGACAGCUAAGGGCCUCCUGGGUUCUACAGCUGUUGAAGGUUAAUAGUGACCCUUGUGAGCAUUUUGGAGUUCUGGGCAAAAGGGUAAUAACUGUGGAUCACUUUAUACUGUUGUGUUUUUUUUUAAGACUUUUUUUUUUUUUUUUUUUUAAAGACUUACUCAUAAAGAGGCACAAGUGACAUACUAUAGAAAUGUUUGUAUAGCACGGUCUAUUUUUAACACCAUACGGUUUAUAUGUGUGUGCAUUUAUAUUUCUAAUAAAACAGUUCUAUAGAGGUCUUUAAGCCAUUUAUAAAAAGGCUCUAGAAGUUCUGUAAUUCACUUUCUUUCGACAGGUAGAAGAAAUGGUUGGUUUGUUUUUUGUUUUUCAGUCAUACUGUUACACACACACAAACACACAAAUCUGUUAAGCUCCUUCGUCCCAUGUUCACAUGACUUUGUAUAUCUUGGCCAGAGCAAUGCUGUCAGUUCCAGAUCUUUGUUGGUCUUUUCACCCAUUGUUCAUCUGUUGUCAGUAUUUUCUGUUGAAUAUGUGAAGAACAUUAAAGUCCCAUAACAUUUAAA